AUGGAACCACGUCGUCUUCACUUCUCGCCUCAGAAACGUUCUGCAGAGCAUGAUCCACAGGAGGAUCAGAAGAUGCCCCCCAGACGUAUCAAACGCCCCGCCGCUGCCGCAGCUUCAUCCACCACAGCUUCAUCCACCACAGCCACAGCAGCUUCAUCCGGCCGAGCAGCAGCUGGUGGUACAGCUUCCACAGCAGCUUCAUCCGGCCGAGCAGCAGCAGCUUCAUCCGGCCGCGCGGUAGCUGGUGGUACAGCUACCCGUGGUGGUACGGCCCUGGUGCCCAGACAGAAUGUACCCAGACGGAACCCGCGCAAUGCACUCUUGACCACAGCAGGAAGAGAUGGGAAAGCAUUUGGCUGUGGUCCAAUUUUGGACUACACUAUCCACAUGGCUGUGGACCGUGAGGAAAGAAAGUGCCACCGCCAACGCGCCAAUGGCCAUCAACCCCAGGCACAUGUUGGAGAAGGUGAUAUUGUUGGAGGUUUUGUUGCCAACCCUUUGCCACCCUGGAAACGUGAUGCUGUCCCCCGUGGUGCUUAUACAGUCAAACGGACCCAUGGUGACUUUUUGGCAGAAGACGGGACACCCCUCGCCUUCACAUUCCCCCGGGCCAGGUUCUUUAAUCAGGAAAAUGUGGUACAAUGGGAUGGUGAGGACUGGGAAUUGAACUGCCCUGUGAGUGUAGCGAGGGCCAACCAAAUUGAUGCAAUGACAGCUGAAGAACAGAUCAAACUCGUAGAGAACGUUCUGGAUCCCAUCCUGCAAGAAUUGAAUCGGAAUGGGUGUGAGCACAGAUACGUCAAAGGGACACCCUUGCUGGAGCUCAUUUCAAGUGGCAAUGCUUACCUUCCAAACCCUGGCGCCGCCGGUUGUGGUUACCUUCUGGACCCAGACAUCCCAGAACACAGGGAUGCCUGUUAUGUGAUUAAAAAAGUGGAUCACACUAACACAUUGUAUGACCCCAACACAAACUAUGGCACCGCCCGACUCUUGGCAGUGGCCCACUACAAACCCCUUGCAGACCAUAUCCCUGAUGCUACCGUACUGAAUGGAUCCAAGUUGAUUCCCACUCAGUCAAACUACCAGGCCCACAACAAAGUCACCGACCUCACUUUCACCCAGAACUUCAUUGGGCAAAUUAUUCUCAGGUCUACUUAUGGCUGGUGUCUCCCACUUUCGUCAUGUGGGUCCCUUAAGAGUUUGAAGACUUCUGAACCAGCCCUAUACUGGUGCUUUGCUCUCCCGCUUGCCAUGUUCAUGGUGUCCAGGAUGGACCCCAAGCUGAAAUCGAUGGCGGAACAGAACAUUGAAAUUGGGCCAGUGCUCAGCAAAGACCAAGGGAAUUUUACUAAAAAUCUUUUGAAAAAGGUUGCUAUUGGAGUAUGGAGUCCCAAAUGGGUGAAGCAGCAAUCUGCAGGGUCUCUCGAGCACAAUGUUACCAAAUCCCUGGAAUAUGUUUACUGCCGGUCUGCUGCAUUGGUCGUCCCAGGCUUUCCUAAGCGUAGCACCCUCAAGGGGAAGAAGACGAAAAAUAAGCUAUGGAUCACGGAAGAAGAGGAGGAGAAACUGGGACAAAACCUUGUUGAGGGCUUGGUUGUUUACCGGUUCCCCCACCAGAUUUGAGCAUGACAGAGAAGAAGAAGAGAGGUUGCGA